AUGAAAAGUCCAAGCACCCAGAAGGAAGAUCGUUCCGAGAAUUCAUAUCAAAGCGUUCCCAUUUGGAAGCUUUUCAAAUAUGCCGAUUCAACUGAUUGGUGGCUUGUUGGAUUGGGCACAUUUGGAGCUAUUGGAGAUGGAUUGUAUCUUCCUGUUUUGCUCGCUGUUUUGACUAAUGUACUCAAUACACUCGGAAAUGGCCCCUCUUCUAAUGGACCUCAAUUUCUUAGUAAUAUUAGAAAGUUCUCACUAAUAUUGGUCUAUCUUGCGAUUGCGUUGGGAUUUGCAGCAUUUCUUGAGGGGUUUUGUUGGACAAGGACGGCCGAAAGGCAGACAGCUCGCAUGCGUAGAAAAUAUUUGAAAGCUGUGUUAAGGCAGGAUGUAGGAUUCUUUGACACGCAGGGCACUACCACAUCCGUCGUAGUUGCCAGUGUUUCCACUGAUACAUUUAUUAUUCAAACAGUUUUCAGUGACAAGAUACCCAGCUUCCUGAUGAACAUGGCCACCUUCUUCGGUAGUUAUAUAUUCGGUUUGUUCUUGACAUGGAGAUUGGCGAUAGUGAUCUCUCCUUUUGUGAUAUUGCUCAUAAUUCCGGGAAUAAUGUAUGGGCGGAUUCUUGUUGGAAUCGCUCACAACAUUCGUGAAGCCUAUGACAAGGCUGGCAAUAUUGCAGAGCAAGCCGUUUCAUCAGUUAGAACCGUUUUUUCUUUUGUGGGAGAGGAACGGACCAUGACCAAGUUUGGAGACGCGCUUCAUGGAACUGUAAAGCUUGGAAUAAAACAGGGCCUUAUGAAAGGCAUGGCGGUGGGAAGUACGGGACUGACUUUCUGCACCUGGUCAUUUAUAGCUUGGUAUGGUAGCAGGUUGGUCAUGUAUCAUGGCAUAAGCGGAGGAAAAAUAUUCUCUGCUGGAAUUUGCUUUGUCAUGGGUGGCUUAGGUCUGGGCACUGCAAUUCCAAACAUUCGAUACUUCUCGGAGGCCUGCGGCGCUGCACGUCGUAUAUUGGACAUGAUCGAGAGGGUGCCCAUCAUCGAUUCGGAUGAUAGUAAAGGAGAAAUUCUGGAACAAGUGCGCGGUGAAGUCGAAUUUAGAAACGUUGAAUUCGCAUACCCAUCGAGGCCGGAAAGCCUCGUAUUUCGCAAUUUCUCUCUCACCAUUCCGCCAAGCAAAACGGUCGCCUUGGUGGGAGGCAGUGGAUCAGGGAAGUCUACGGCUGUUGCGUUGGUGGAGAGAUUUUACGAUCCUCUGGGUGGGCAGAUUCUGCUGGACGGAGUUGAUAUGAGGGAGCUGAAUCUGAAAUGGCUGCGCAGCCAAAUUGGAUUAGUGAGCCAAGAGCCUGCGCUGUUUGCGACUUCAAUCAAAGAAAACAUUUUGUUUGGGAAGGAGGGAGGCAGCAUGGAGGAUGUCAUUGCGGCUGCGCAGGCCGCCAACGCUCACAAGUUUAUCACUCAAUUGCCAAAUGGGUAUGAAACCCAGGUAGGAGAGCGCGGAGUGCAGAUGUCUGGAGGACAAAAGCAGCGAAUAGCCAUUGCAAGAGCUAUGAUAAGAGAUCCUCGGAUACUUGUGCUGGACGAGGCCACCAGCGCUUUGGAUGCGGAGUCGGAGAAGAUUGUUCAGGAAGCCCUGGACAAUGCUUCUAUUGGUCGGACAACGCUCAUAAUCGCCCACCGCCUCUCCACAAUCCGCAACGCCGACUUUAUCGCAGUGGUCCAUGGUGGUCAUGUGAUCGAGUCUGGCCAGCACAGCGAUUUGAUAAGCAGAGAUGGUGGAGCCUAUGCUACUCUAGUUCAGCUUCAAGAAAUGACAAGUCAUUUAGAUGAGUCAGAAGAUCAGUAUUGCGAUUUGAGAGACGCGGCUCAUGCAAGAGGGAGAAGCUCCAGCUUUGUAAGCAAAUCAAGUUCAUACCGGUCUAUAUCGGUGCAUCCAGAACAAGAGAAACAACAACAAGAAGUUGUUUCUUCCGCCCCGUCUUUUCGGCGGUUGUUGAUGUUGAAUGCUCCAGAAUGGAAGCAAGCUCUAUUGGGGUGUUUAGGUGCCAUAGUCUUUGGAGCAGUUCAGCCAACGUAUUCCUUUUUCAGUGGGGCUAUGCUUUCUGUGUUUUUCUUUAAAGAUCACGACAAGAUCAAAUCCGAAACCAAAAAAUACUCUCUCAUCUUUUUCUGUAUUGGUGUCAUUUCCUUCGUAUUUAGUGUGGUCCAGCACUACAAUUUUGCAGUCAUGGGGGAAUAUCUCACAAAAAGAGUUCGUGAAAGCAUGCUAGCGAAGAUCUUUACAUUUGAAAUUGGCUGGUUCGAUCAAGAGGAUAAUUCCAGUGGAGCCAUUUGCACCAUGCUUGAAAAAGAAGCUAAUGUGAUGAGAUCUCUGGUGGGUGAUCGUGCAUCCCUUAUUGUACAAGCUGUAUCUGCUGUGCUAAUAGCCUUUACCAUGAGCCUGAUUUUAGCAUGGCGGCUUGCACUAGUUCUAAUAGCCGCCCAACCCCUAAUAAUAGCAUGUUUCUACAGCAGAAAGGUCAUCAUGACAGCCAUGGCUGAGAAGGCCGUGAAAGGUCAAGGGCGUGGAAGCCAAGUAGCCUCAGAGGCUGUGGGCAACCACAGGACAAUUACUGCCUUCUCCUCUCAAGACAAGAUUCUCAAUCUCUUUAAAGAAACACAGGAAGGCCCUCGUAGAGAUAACAUGAAGCAAUCCUGGUUUGCAGGAUUAGUUCUGGCAGCAUCACAGAGCCUCUCUAUGUUGAAUGCAGCCCUCACGUACUGGUACGGUGGGCAUCAAGUCUAUGAUGGCCACAUAUCCCCUGAUGCAUUCUUCAAAACAUACUUUGUUCUCAUGAGCACUGCACGAGUUAUAGCAGAAGCCGGCACCAUGACAAGCGACAUUGCCCAGGGCUCUGAUGCAUUGAUUUCGGUCUUCAACAUUUUUGACAGAGAGGCUGCCAUUAAUCCUGAUGAUGGAGAGGGCGAGAAACCAGAAAAGAUCGAGGGAAACAUCGAUGUCCGGAACGUGGACUUCGCAUACCCAUCUCGUCCAGAUGUUAUGAUCUUCAACAAGUUUAGCCUGAGCAUAAAAGCAGGGCAAAGAGUUGCUCUUGUUGGGCAGAGCGGGUCGGGGAAAUCCACAAUCAUUGGGUUGAUCGAGAGAUUCUACGACCCUCUCAAAGGGGUCGUUAGAAUCGACGGGAAAGACAUUACAGAGUUCAAUUUGAGGAGUCUCAGGCAGCACAUUGGCCUCGUCGGCCAAGAACCCACGCUCUUUGCUGGCAGCAUUCGAGACAACAUUUGUUAUGGAAAACAGAAUGCAACUGAGGCAGAGAUGAUCGAGGCCGCCAAAGCAGCCAAUGCUCACGAUUUCAUUAGUUGUUUGGAGGAUGGAUAUGAUACACAAACUGGAGAGAGAGGAGUGCAAUUAUCGGGAGGACAAAAAAAAAGGAUUACAAUAGCAAGGGCAAUAAUUAAGAAUCCAAGCAUAUUGUUGUUGGAUGAGGCCACCAAUGCAUUGGACAGCCAAUCUGAAAAGGUGGUGCAAGAUGCGUUGGACCGAGUGAUGGUGGGGAGAACGAGUGUAAUCAUUGCUCAUCGUUUAAGCACCAUUCGGGAUGCAGAUUCCAUAGCUGUAAUAAGGGAUGGACGAGUUGCAGAGCAAGGAAGUCAUUUUCAUUUGAUGGGAAAAGGAGAUAGUGGGGCUUACUUUGCACUUGUAAAUAUGCAGUCUUUUAAGGCACCAAUAAGCUUGGAAUAAUAGAGAAGUGGGUUUGUUUAAGGCACCAAUAAGCUUGGAAUAAUAGAGAAGUGGGUUUGUUAAUACGUUAAAGUUUA